AUGGGACGCUCGCCAAUUCAAUGGACGAUUCCCGCGCCAAUUCGGUUGACGAUUUCCCCGCCAAUUCAAUGGACGCUCGCGUCCCAGAUUGGGACCGCCGCGAUGACGACGAUUCCCCUGCCACUUCGGAAUCUUCCUCCGACGUUGCUGACGGCAGCGCUGGACGAGGCAAUUCAAUUUGCUGCAUCCCAGAAUCUUCUUUGGUAG